CAGAAAAAGCCUCCAGGCCCAAGUCUUAAACAAAGGAACCAGAUGAAAUUUAAGCCACUGCCUGAGAGAGUCACACCCAAGAAAGAAGAGCCUCCAGAUAUAAUUUCUCCACCAGAGCAACCCAAACCCCAAACUCCUCCUCCACCUCCUCCUCGUCCAAGGACCCCUCGUCCCCUAACCCCUCGUCUCCUAACCCCUCGUCCAAGGACCCCAACACCGCCCCCGCCUCGAGAACCCACUCCUGAGGUGCCGGCGUUCCUCAAACAGUUUGCAGAUUCUAGCUGGUUCAGAGACGUAUUCCCUGAUAAGAUGAGUAUCCCAAGCACCCUGUCUCCAGAGGACUUCUCCUUGAAGCUGCUGGGCUCCCUGACCACCUGCAGCACUCCAUCCAAACUGAAGAUUGUUGUAGCACUGCAGAGCCUCCACAGCCAGGGCCUCCUGCAGAACACCGACAAGCUCUACCAAGGCCUCGUGGACUUAUUGCCUGCAUUUGCCAGACCACAUAUGUCACCUUUGGAACGGACCGUGCUGGAGGAAAUGCUGAAUCUGUUGGUGCAUCUUAAACCUGCCAGUUGUGACCUCAUGAAAAAGCUUCUCACUCUUCUGGCCUUUAAAAAACUGGUUCUAGGGGAGACAGUGGUGCGCGUGUUGACUGCAUUGGGUGUAGACGAGGCUGAGCAGUGGCUGUGGCCUGAGCUGGAGAGCUGGGACUUGGAGCUACGGGACCAGUCCAACGUCUGGAAAAGCCUCCAUGACAGAGUUGACGGGUGGCUUCAGUCAUGGACCACAAAAUUCGAAGAACACAACAGGUAUCUGAACUUCAAGGGUUCGGCAAAGCAGCAGCCGCCAUCCUUCAGCGUGGUGGAUGUGCUGAACUAUUUCUGCUCCAUCCAAAAAGAGGAGGAGAACAGAAAGGCUCUAUGUGUUGCACCUGCUGGUCCCAACAACACUGUACUCCUGCCCCUACAUGACUGCGGUUCUUCCCCGAUCUUUCGUCUUGGAGAGACGAACAGUAUGUCCAGGAUACGCGGGCCACCAGGAGUAACUCUUCCUCCGCUGCGAAACCGACCCUUCCUCAAGCACUUUCCCCAUUUCAUCUCUCUGCCGUUCUCUCGAGUCACUCUGCGCCCCUUCCACGUCUACUCAGACGCGGACUGGCUGAAGGCCCCCCCUCACCGCUACUUCAUUCAAAAGCAGUCCUUUGCGGAGUACUACAGAUGAUGCUUCAUAGUCUGGAACAUCCCCAUGAACUCAUCACAUCUUGAAACUUUGCUUUGACUGAUUUAUUCAGUAACUUACAGCAUCUAAAUCCAUUCAUGUUAUACAAGGUCAAUUUGGUACAUUCACUCCCUGAUAGAAGUGACGCUGUUUGACUCAAUAUACAAAAAGCACCGAACGUUUUUAAACAGAUAUUGAAGAAAUUGUAGCACUGAAUAUAUCGAGCAGCACAAAGUACACGAGAGAGUACACAACUUAGUGAACAAAGCAGAUAAAAAGAAUAAAAUGUAAAAAAAUUCCCAAGUAUCUUGUGGUUACAUUAAUUUACCACUUAAAGAAAAUUAUUUAUAUACACACAAUAAUGUUGGCCACUGAUGUAAAAGGCACAAGGGCAGAUAACCUUUGACCAGGCAGGCAAGUUAAACUUAUCAUCCAAAAUGAUCAUGGAAACCCGAUCAUAAAUUAACUAUUAGUUUUUUUUUUACACAUGUGAAGCAUUCUGUUAGCAUCUCCAUCUUCAAAUCUGUCCGGUCCUCAAUCCAAGAGGAAACAAACUCUGCCAUCAGGCCAAUAUUUACAUUUUAAAUAUUGUUGUCAUCUAUGGAUCCAUGUGAUGAUCACGACGCCAACCAGAACAAACCUGUUGAUUUGGAGAUUAAUGGGCCUUGGAAAAGUAAUGGAAAUCUUGUAAUUGUUACCCUAUGUAAAUUGCUCAUGUAUGUUGGUGAGAGAGCGUCCCCUGACUUCUGCUCUAGUCCACCAAGUCUUUAUCAUAAUUGAGCAGGUCACAGGUCAGAGAGAGGUCAGUGCGUCCACUGUCUUUGACCACCCUAUUGAGAUGGCUGCUGGUCAUACUGAUGUCUGUCGUUUCAUCCAGUGGCCAGUCUAAGAGCUGAGCACUGGAGGGCAGGUCGGGGAGGCCCGGCUGGUAGUCCUCCAGGGGGUUAGGGUACAGUAGCUGACGGAGGGAUGGCAUUCGCACAGCCAUCCUCACCAGGUCCGUGAGACCAGAUACGGAGAGCGGGUUCAGGGCCAAAGCUAAGCUCUU